GGUGACUGAACGUACCCACUCUGUGCACCUCUCUGUGUGGAGCUGGACUGAGCAGCGUUAGAGACCAAAGAUGGAUCAGCUGUCAGACGAGGAGGUGGAGGUGAGGGAGGAUGAGGAGGAAGAGGAGGACAGCGAUAAGGAGGACCAGGACCUGGAUAAGAUGUUUGGAGCCUGGCUGGGGGAGCUGGAUAAACUCACACAGAGUCUGGAUGAUGGUCGUCCACAGCAGCAGCAGCCGCCCCAGCAGAAAGCUCCCCUCAGACAGGAGACCAACAUGGCCAACUUCUCCUACAGGUUCUCCAUCUACAACAUCAACGAGGCGCUGAACCAGGGGGAGAACGUGGAUCUGGACGCCCUCAUGGCCGACCUGUGCUCCAUCGAGCAGGAGCUCAGCACCAUCAACUCCAAACCAAACAGCGCCAGCGGCAUGGCCCGGCUGGGACUCACCGACACCAAGGUCCGUCAGAAGCCUCCAGCAGGGCGCAGCAGCAGGCAGCAGCCAGCAGGGGGCAGCAGCAGCAGCAGCAGUGGCGGCGCUGGUGGUGGAGGUGGCGGCGGUGGCAGCAGUAACAGCGUGAGCGGGGGAGGGGGCAGCAGCGGGGCGAGCAGCAGCAGCAGCAGCACCAGAGCUUCACCUGCCGGCACCAUCAGAGCUCCCACAGGGCAUCAUGGGAGACCGGCGCUCGCCUCCAACUUCAGUCUGGACGACAUCACGGCGCAGCUGGAGAAGGCGUCUCUCAGUAUGGACGAAGCCGCCCGUCAGACCUCCUCACACUCUCUAAGCUCCGCCUCCACCUAUUCAUCAUCAGCCUCGAUGCGACGACCCGGAUCCUCUCAGCGCCAGCACAGACGCACCGGAUCAGUCGGGACCGUCAGUGAACACGAGGCUCGUUCGAUCGUCCACUCCUCCCGCUCCUCCGUCACGUCGGCCUCGGGGGUUUCCGUGAACUCGGCCUCGUCCAUGGAGUCGUUGGACAGCGUGCUCCGUAACGAGAUCGAGGGUCAGCAGGUGGUGGUGAUUCCCUCGGCUGAAGGAGGCCAAGGUCACAUGGAGCGUUCCUGUGUCUUUAAACCGGACUCUGUAAACGUGUCUCCCUCACAGCACUCCUAUCUGGACAGGGAAACCUCUCUGAUUCUGAGAAACAUAGCAGGAAAGCCUUCACACCUGCUGACCAAGGCGUCCAGAGACCUGGUGUGUUUCCUGCAGCUGGAUCACGUUAACGUCUAUCACGGUCAGGACUACAAGAGCAAGUACAAGGCUCCUACAGACUACUGCAUGGUGCUGAAGCACCCUCAGAUCCAGAAGAAGUCUCAGUACAUCAAGUACCUCUGCUGUGACGACAUCAGAACCCUCCAGCAGUGGAUCAACAGCAUCCGCAUCGCCAAGUACGGGAAGCAGCUGUACAUCAACUUCCAGGAGGCGAUGAGGAGGACGGAGGCGGCCUACGAUUGGUCCUCCCUCUCCUCUUCAUCCAUAAAGUCCGGCUCCAGCUCCUCCAGCCUCCCAGAGUCCCAGUCCAACCACUCCAGCCAAUCAGACAGCGGGGUGUCAGAGAUGACAUCAUCAGGCCACACCCGCUCGCAGAGUGUCGUCAGCUCCAUCUUCUCCGACGCCUGGAGGAGAGGAACACAGGGAGAGAUGAUGAGGAUCGACCCUAUCAGUAGGCCCAUCCCUCUGCAGAUACCCGGGAUGCCCCCCCAGACGCUGCCUCACUCUCAGCCUCAGACUCCACCUUCCAGGAGCAGCUACACCGACGGCCUGGUGCAGUCCGAGGACUCCUCUCCAUCACCGCCCUCGCCUCCUCCACCUCCGCCGCUUCUUGUCACGAGCGUGGGCCACCAGGCGGCACCUACCUCCUCAUACAUCAAGUACAGCACGCUGGCUCGCCUUCAGAACCAGAACCAGUCCAGAACACAGCAGGCAGAGGCUCCCCCAGCUGCACUUCCAAACCAGACGACGAAACCCAACUACAACACCCUCCCAGCGACGUACAACACCCCCCUAUUACCCCCAUCCCCUCCACCUCCCCCUCCUCUGGCGGCACCAGCUCCUGGAUCAGCGAUGGCCGCUCUGAAAUACGGUGCAACGAGUCCUUCUGCUCUCCCACUGCCGCCCCCGCUGGAGGAGGACCUACAGGAGCCCUCCUACCUUCCACCUCCUCCUCCAGAGAGCCUUGAGACCAAUGGGUUGCCUCCUCCACCCCCUCCUGACUCCAUCCUCGAAGCCUGCCCUCAGCUCUCCAACAGCGGCCUCCAGCAGUUCCUGUCGCAGAAGUUUCCCAACAUGGUGUACGACUUUAACCAAUCAGAGGAGGAGGAUAACUCCCCUCCUGCUCCUCCCCCUGAACUCUCUCCUCCGACUUCCCUUCACAAUCUACGACCUGUGUCUCCUAAUGCACCUCCUCCUGCCCCCCCUAAAACCUUCACAGGUGGUUUUCCUCCUCAAACUGCUCGUAAACCCUCUGGUCCCUCUUCCCUCCCCAUCGCUCUGUCCCCUGUGUCACCGACGCAGCCUCAGAGCAGCCAUGGAUCCUUUAAGAAGCAGCAAAGCUUCUCAACAGGACAUUCCCCCAAUCAGCCGCCCCCCACUCUGCCAAAGCAGCACAGCCUCUCCUCCAAAAACCUCACCAUCUCUCCCUCCGCCUCCUCUUCAUCCGUCUCCAUCGCUGCUGCUACCUCCUCUUUGGUCAAACAGAUCGUCAAUCAGUUCCCAGGAAACUCCAGUCCUUUACCUUCCUCCAACUCCGCCGAGGGCUCCAAGAUCAGCACCCCUCAGUCUCCUCCAGCCGUCAAGGCCAAACCCAAGUGGCAACCAGGAGGAGCUGUGGCCCCUCUGUCCCCAGAGUUCCCCCCUCCUCCUCCAGACAACUCUGCAGGAGAGUUCCCUCCACCGCCUUCCAGCAAGACGGGCUCACCAAUAAAGAAGUCACCUUCCUCCUCAUCCACAGGAUCCACCAAGCGAGGGCCUCCCCCGGCUCCUCAGAGAGCCUCCUCGAUCCGGGGCGACGAGAACGAGAGGCCGAAGAAGGUGGAGAGCCUCGUCAGCAAAUUUGGACAAGCUCCUCAAACAGGAACUUCCUCCAGCUCCUCGUCAGUGACCGGGUCUCCUUCGAAAGAGUCCUCCAACCUUCCCGCUCCGCUCCCCAAACCGGGGAAGCUGAACUUGGCGAACCUUCCUCUGGCGCUCCAGGGUCUGCAAACGGGCCAACACCAUCAGACCUCUGAGUUCCCGUCUCCUCCACCCCCACCUCCCCCGGCCAACACUCAGAACCUGGACUCAUCACCGGACUACUUCCCACCUCCCCCGAGUGACUUUGAGCUGUUCCCUCCUCCCCCCCACCCGUCAGAGUUCCACCACCCGCCAAAGGUUGCCGUGGUGAACCCCCAGCCUCAGAUGCAGCCGCCCCAGCAGGUCGUGUCCUCCUCUCUGUCCUCAUCCUCAUGGAAACAAGGCUCGCUGAAAAAGGGGGCGGUCCCUGCCCCGAUGUUGAACCGGCGGACCAGCAACCAGUACGAGAACACGACAUCCAUGCCCCUGUCCCCGCCUCCUCUGUCUCAAACCCCGCCUCCCUCCCUGACCUCUUACUCCUCCUCCUCCUCCCCGGUUCCUCCCACCUCUCCCAAAUCCGCGGGGCCAGUCUCUUUGGCGCUAAAGCCUCACUUCCUGGAAGACCUUAACCGCACCCUCAAGAGAAAAUCCGUGUCUCGCCACGGCUCGCUCACCUCCUCCACCCUCAUCCCCUCCUCUAAGAUGGAGCCCGUGGGCACCAUGGACGACAUGGCGCUCCUCCCGCCUCCUCCCCCGGAGCUCAUGCAGCAGCAUCAGGGCGUCCGAGGACAAUCCAAAACUUUGUCCCGUCACCACACACACUCCCAAUCCGCCAAACAUGCCAACAUCUCAGGCUAUGCAACGCUGCGGCGAGGUCCGCCUCCCCAACCUCCCAAACGGGACCAAAGCACCAAACUGACCAGUGACUGGUAGGAGGCGAGGACUCGGGUGGACCCUGAACUGACUCUUUAAGGUCUCAUUGUUACUGCAGAAAAGAAUAAUCAGUGUCUGUCUUGACUCGUCCGUCUCUCCUCAUCCUGAACCAUCCCCCCUUUGAUUCCGAGCAAGUAGCAAGUCGUCUUUCCUCCUCCUAAUCUCAGAUUAUGAUUGUUCCUAUUAGCCUCAUUAUUACUCUCAUCCUCAUUAUUACUAUCAUUAUCAGUACAUGUUUAAUCCAGUGACAUGAGUAAACUAUAUAUAUGUAAAUAUAUAUAUCUGUAUACAAGCAAGCCAGAAGAAUCACCUACGGAGCUUUUUUCACGAUGUCUGUGCAGCUUUGCAUCGAAAUAUUCAAACAGACCAGACUUGAACGACGACAGCAACAGAGACAAUUUGCUGCACAUUGGUACUGCAUGGAGCCGCGGCAACGAAGGAGCGCCACACGCAGGGAGCGCCACGCGAAGGGAGCGCCACGCGAAGGGAAGCGACUGAAGGAGCACGAGAUGCAAGCGUGGGCUGAUGUGUACAGAAGUGUUUGUUGUGGACCGGCGGGGAGGGAGCCAUUUCUUUCAAACUUUUGUUGUGUGUGUUUUUAUAUAAGAUUAUUUAAUACUGGAAAGAUAUUGUUAUUAUUCUAAUUAUUUUAAGUUUUUAAGAAGUGUCAAAAGAGAAUGAGUUUGACUGAGAGAAUAUGUCACAGUGUUAAUCUGGGUGGAGAAGUAGCAGACAGCUGAGUUUAGAUCUGGAUCAUGUUUCUGAAGUCAGAGCUUCACGGCUGAUUACGGCGGCGUGAGAGUCGGCUCUUAAACGCGCUCUGAUGGCGAGCGAGGUUCUGCUCAGAUUAAAACUUUGAGAGAGAUUUUUUCCUGCAGCAUAUUAUGGUCUGCAGCCGGCGGCGUUCUCAUGUCUUCCCUUUGCUCUGUAUGUUGAUGAGUUGGCGCUUUUAAGAUCUGUCUUUCAUUCCUUGAAUCUGUCCCUCCGACCAUCAGGACCUCCUUUAAUCUGAGCUCAGCCUCCUCUCCUCGCAGCGCCAACAGACUCCUGUAAAUUCAUCAGAUAGCUUUGCAGUUAGCUCCUGUUUUGAUAGCUAGUCGGCUUUAAUGAGCUGAAUGUCUGGAAGAAGGUGAUCAAUCAUCAUUUGCUGGUAAUAAAUCAAUCACUUGUUUGUCAUCUGAA